AUGGAUCAGGCUCCCCAUGGGGCAGCCGCUUCACUAGACCUGUCCCUGACCCUGGCCCCCGUGACACCGCCAUCACCAGCAGCACCCCCAUCCUCCUCCUUUUGGGCUGAAGGAGACGCCGCUGCCGGCCACGGCGGCCAUGGUGGCCAUGCCGGCGAAGGGAGAUCGAGGCGGCUGUUCUCGUGCCUCUUCUGCGACAAGAAGUUCCUCAAGUCUCAGGCGUUGGGGGGCCACCAGAAUGUGCACAAGAAGGAGCGGGCCGGCAGCUGGAACCCCCACCUCUACCUCCAAUCCGACCACGGCGACCGGCCGGCCACCGCGGCGGCACAGGCGCCAGCGAGUUGGCCAAACACGCGCCUUGACGACGGCGAGAAGCAGUUGCAGCAGCAGCAGCAGCUUGAUCUCAAGUUCUCAACCUCAAGCUUUAAUUAG